CACCACCAACAUCGCCGCCACCACCAUCGCUUUACAACUUCAGUUUUCUCUGAAGCAAAACUUUCUCAAAUUCGCUUUCGUUUCUUCCUUUCUCUCUUUCCUUACUAUCUCUCUCUCUCCUCUCUCUCUCUCUCUCUCUCUCUCUCUCUCUCUCUCUCUCUCACUCUGCACACUCGCAUCGACUGUGUAAGCUGCGUAUAUAAGAAAAAGGGCUUCUUUAAACUGCCUAGAUAAGGGAACUAGAACCCCCAAAAAAAACGCAAUAACAAAAAAGAAGGAAGCGAAGAAGAAUACCAAAUAGUUUGUUAAACUCUGCUCCCGUUGUAAAUAUAGGGAGUAUUUUGCCGUAAACCCAUUUUUCUUACCAAUUUCAACAGUUGGAGGAGAUACGAUCCAUACAUUUAUAUAUUUUUAUAUAAUACCCCCAAGGGUCGUAUUUUCAAGUAUUUUUUCUUCUCUCAACGAAGUUCUUUCUUCCACUCGAUCGUUCGUCCCUUUCUCAGAGGUCAGGUUAACCCAGUUACGUCGACAUGGCUGAGGAACUUAAGUAUAUGUCUGGCUUUGGCAAUGAAUUUGCCUCCGAAGACUCAAGAUGCCCGAACUCUUUACCGAAGGGGCAGAACAAUCCACAGAAGUGUCCCCAUGGUCUAUAUGCUGAGGUGAUUUCAGGGACAGCAUUCACUGCCCCCAGGAAUAGUAACCAGCGCACGUGGCUGUAUCGCAUGCGACCAUCCGCUGUCCACCAUCCUUUUGAAAAGAUUGACCGAGGUCUACUGACCAACAACUGGGAUGACAUUGAACCAAACCCUAAUCAGAUGCGUUGGAAGCCAUUCGACAUCCCUAAAGUGGGAGAAUCCAAGAAGGAUUUUGUGCAGGGUAUAUCAACAUUGUGCGGUGCUGGAGAUCCUCGUGCUAGGCAUGGUGCUGCCAUCCACAUCUACACCUGUAAUACUUCCAUGGAAAACAAAUGCUUCUAUUCAGCUGAUGGUGACCUCCUUAUCGUUCCUGAAAAGGGGACACUGUCCAUCACUACAGAGAUGGGGAAAAUGGUCGUAGAGAACAAUGAAAUCUGUGUUGUCCAGCAAGGUAUUCGGUUCAGUGUUUCCGUUGAGGGAGAAAGCCGUGGUUACAUCCUUGAAGUCUACGAUGGACACUUCACCCUCCCCGACCCUGGACCAAUUGGUCCCAAUGGUUUGGCAUACCCACGGGAUUUUUUGACCCCUGUUGCAUGGUAUGACGAGAAGGAUGUAAAUGAAUUCACAGUCGUGAGCAAGUACCAAGGACACCUGUUUGCAGCUGUACAGGACCAUUCCGUAUUUGAUGUGGUAGCUUGGCAUGGUAACUAUGCACCUUACAAGUACAACCUCAGCAACUUCAUGGUUAUAAAUGCUGUCGCAUUCGAUCAUGCUGAUCCAUCAAUCUUCACAGUAUUGACAUGUCAGUCUCAAAAACCAGGAACGGCCAUUGCAGACUUCGUUAUCUUUCCUCCACGUUGGUCUGUUCAAGAACACACUUUCAGACCACCGUAUUAUCACCGUAACUGCAUGUCAGAAUUCAUGGGACUGAUUAAAGGGGCUUACGAAGCAAAGGAGUCAGGCUUCCUCCCCGGGGGAGGAUCCUUGCACAGCAUGAUGACACCCCAUGGACCUGAUGCUGAAUGUUUUGAGAAGAGCUCAACAAUGGAUCUGAAGCCAAUAAAAAUUGCUGAGGGAACAAUGGCAUUUAUGUUUGAAAGUUCCCUGAGUUUGGCACUAACCAAAUGGGGUAAUGACACUUGUCAUAAGGUGGACAAUGAAUACUUCAGGUGUUGGCAGCCAAUCAAGAAGAAUUUCAAACCCGUGUUGUAAGAAUUCAACCAUUGAUGUGGCACAAAGCAUUCGGAAGCAGUCAAUAUGAAUUGCUUUUAAGACCACAAUUUUCCUGGAAACUUCCAUGGCAGCUAUCCUGAUAUUUUAUAAUUUUACUUUAGCAAACGUGUGAGAUAUUUGUGGUAUUUUGUUAUUUCUUAAUAGUAAUAUCUGAUAAAAUUCUAUUAUAUGAUGUAUUUUGUCUCUCUGAUAAAACUCUUCCAAGAUAGACUUUCCAACUUCAUCCUCCCGGAAUUAAUAAAAUUAAGGCACCAGUCAAGUGCUAGGACUGAUUUCACCAACUCUACCCCUUCUCCUUCUAAAUAUAUGGUUAACAAUGUUAUUCAGCCAACAUUAUUAUCAAAUUUAUUUAAAGAUCCUUAACAUUUUUUUCUGGAAUCUUCAAUAACAGCUGUUCUUUUAGUGAUGUUCAUAAAAUUUGUAUAACUUUUUGUCAAAAUUUAUAAACUUCCCUGAAAAGUAAUUUCUGCCAGAAUGACCAUGCCUAGUUUUCUCAGACCCUGGUUUUUAUUAGGGUUCCUUCCAAAUAAAUGAAAAAAAAUGUCUUUUUCUUUUAUAUGGCCCAAAUAAAUUUUUUUCUUUUUGUAUGUGUAGUGGAAGUAUACAUUACUUACCUGUUACAUAAUAAUACUUUAUAUUAUGAUGAUAAUAAUAGUAAUGUUAGAUGGUAUUUUAUAUAUCAAACUAGCUUAAGCACCUGGGUUUCUUAAUACCUAACUAAAUGCAAUCACAUAGAUUCACUAAACUUCAGAUAAAUUACUUUUAAAAAUCGUUGUAAAUUUUCAGUUGUUCUACAAAUGUUGAUUUAUUUGGAAUCAUUGAAUCCAAGCAAUUCCUUUCUUAGAAGUUGUGAGAAAUAAUCACAUGGUCUUCUUGAGAAAAAUGUGUCCCCUAUGCAAAAUUUCAGGGACCUUGGCAAGAAACCGUAGCAUAAUUUUCAUGUUUCAAAACUGAUGACAAUAUUAAUGAUGUUAUAUGAAGCUAAAUAUUUUAGAUAAAGAUAAUAUCUAAUAUGAAUGAUGACCAAUCACAAUAAUAUUUUAAAGAUUUAAAUUUUAUUUUAUAAGGAUUAUAGGAGAUUUGGCUGUAACAAAUUUACAUAAUUCUGAGAAAUUCUUGAUUUUUGAGAUACCAACACCAAUCCUUUUUCAAUUGGCAAAAAUAUAAAGAAAACUCACAUUGGAACACUUUCAAGACAACAAUCUUUCUUUUACUUCAAAAUUUGAUUUAAAAAAUCUUUCAUCAUGGAAUCUUCUUCGGCAGCUAAUAUAUAUUUCAUUUUUAUCUUUGAGAGAUGAUUCAAAUUUUUGGAGUUUUGACAAUAUUUUGACAUUAAAACCAAAGCAGUAUAAAAAUUAUUUAUUUUAAUAAAAUCUUCCAUGUGGUUAAUUCUUUCACCAAAUUCUUUAAAAUAAAGAUGCUUAAGUCUAGUAAAACUGGUUUAAAAUCCUUUUUUAUGUGAAACCUGCUCACGGCUUUACAAUAUAAACUCUUUAAUCUUAAAGUGUUUAUAUUUACAUGAAAAUCUGAUAUGAUAAUUUAUGAAUCUUUUGCUAAGAAGAGUUUCAAACAUCAGAUUAGUAUAAUAAUAAAUAUGAAACUUGGUCAUUUUACAGAACCAUUUUAUUUUCUUAAUUAAUUUCAAAUUAAUUGGAAAAUUUAGAUAUGUUCAAACUCAUCUUGUGCUUUAUAGAAUCUCCAACAAGCAUUUAAAGGUUUUUACUAAAUUUUGUAACACUUAACAAUUUUCAAGAUAAUUAAUUUGGUUUAAAAUCACCUGUUUUUCAUAGAAUUUCUCAUAACAGUUGCUUCACCAAAUUUAAUGACAUCUGAAAUAUUUUUAAGUUUAGUAAAAAUGGUUAUUUAAAAAAUCAUUCCAGUCUUUAUGGAACCUUCACUGGCAGCUAUUUCAUUUCUUUUAUCAAAUUUGAUUUUUUUUUCUGUGGGUUAUUUUUUUCUAAUCUUACAAGAAUUUCUAAAUUUAGAUUUUCAAAUAAGGUUUUAUCAUAAUUUUGUUUUUCAAAGACUUCUUCUUGUUAACAGAUUUCUUUUUUUUUAGUUAAAACCUAAAAAUAUUUUCCCAAAGAACUCCAUAUAAAAAAUGGUUCACAAAAAACUCUGUUACCUUCCACCAAACUGUUUUUUAUUUGAUUUCUUUUGUUUUUUAUAUUUUUAAAAUAUUUCCUAAGUUUAAUUUUCUUUCUCUAAGAAAAAUAGAUAUUAUCAAUAUUAAUCACUAAAAGG